AUGCCACCAAUUCGACCUAGAUCUCGGCAGAAAUUAGCCAGCCAAGAGGGCAAGAUCCUAUUAGCCCUAUCUGAUUUGCAAGAAGGCCGUGCCUCACGCGUUGAUACGCGCCCAUCUGGUCAUAAAUUGACCCAAUUAGAAGAGGAUUCGCUUUGCCAAUGGAUUAUCUCUAUGGAUUCACGUGGAGCAGCGCCUAGCAAGAACUGGCCAACAACCUUUAUCAAACGGCGCGAAGAGCUUCGCUCGCGAUACUCGAGGAAAUACGACUACAAACGCGCAUUAAAUGAAGACCCGAAAGCCCUACGAGCCUGGUUCGCGACCGUACAACGUAUAAUUGAUGAGAACGGGAUCCAACCAGAGGAUAUAUACAACUUUGAUGAGACAGGAUUUGCAAUGGGCCUUGUUUCUACGCAGAAGGUUGUUACGCGGGCAGAAAUCUGCGGUCGGCCACGUCUUUUACAAUCAGGAAAUCGCGAAUGCGUUACUACGAUUGAGGCAAUUAGCGCUGAUGGCUAUUCGCUUCCGCUAUGCGUGAUUUUUAAAGCUAAGCUACAAAAGCUCUUUAUCCCAUCAACGAAUUCGCGUGUACGCGGCCGAUUUCGGCUGCUAAUCCUUGAUGGUCAUGGUAGCCAUCUUACACCUCAAUUCGACCGAAUCUGCGCAGAAAACGACAUUAUACCUCUUUGUAUGCCUCCGCAUGCGUCGCAUUUAUUACAGCCAUUAGAUAUUGGCUGUUUUGCAGUGGUUAAAAGGGCAUACGGUCGCUUCGUAAGCGAUCUUAUCCGUCAAGGAUAUAACCAUAUCGAUAAAAUCGAUUUCUUAAUGGACUACCAACACGCGCGGCUAGAGGCCUUCCAAAAGCCAUCAACUAUUCAAAAUAGCUUCGCAGCUGCUGGUUUAGUGCUAAUUAAUGCAGAAAGGGUCCUUUCAAAGCUGAAUAUCUCUCUGCGAACGCCAACACCACUAGGUAGCCGGCUAAGCACCAGUUCUAGCCAAUUCACACCAAAGACGCCUAGAACUAUCGUUCAGCUCAAUAAGCAAUCUUCAAUGCUUAAGGAUCUACUAAAUCAGCGGUCAAAUAGCCCUCCUAGCCCAGUGGGGGCUAUAUUAAAUCGGAUUAUCAAGGGCCACAGCGAAGCGCUUCAUCAAACUGCAUUACUAGCGCAGGAGGUCUCCAAUCUACGCAUGGCGAAUACGAGGAUCGUCAAGAAACGCCAGCGAUCAACUAGGCAGAUACCCUGCGAAGAGGGCCUAUCUAUUGAAGAAGGCCUACAGCUAGUUGAGCAGCUAAAUCAGCCAGUGGAAGGUGAUGGGGUAGGAUCGCAUAAGCAGGGCGAAUUGCCUAAUCAGGCAAUUCAACCACCUACUAGGGCCCCGCCUAGGUGCAGUGGGUGUAGGGAGAUUGGCCACAAGAUUAAUGUAUGUAAAAAUCGCUAUAUUUAG